CUAUUUAUUUUAAUUUUUUUGGAUUCCUUCUUUUAGUAAAUCAUAAAUAAUUUUAUUUUGUUUCAACCAUUAAGAAGUACGAUUUAAAAUAAAUUUAUUUUCUUGUCAAAAUUAUUUUUAAAAAAAAUGGUGUAAAUCUAAACAAGAAAAACUUUGUGGAAUAGUGAAGUUCCAAUAAUUUGAUAGACAAAAAUUCAUUUGGUCUUGCUGUUGAAAUUAGCGAAUUUCAUUGAAGGAAACUUGAAAAUAUAAUUAUGAUAAUUACAUUUUGUAUUAUUCUGCAGUAAUAUUUUUAUAGUAAAAUGACUAUUUGGAUGAUAUAAUUUAUCAACUAACUCCUAAUAUCGGUGUCAGUAUCCAGAUAAUUAGCUAUUAUGGCCUUAAAAUUGACUGGUUAACAUACAAUACAUUUAUUACAUUGAUUUUUGCUCUGAAAUCGCGUGAUAACUUGAAACAAGAAAGACAUUCGUGCAUGUGUUCUCAAUAUUAAUUCCUUUCUGAUAAUAAACCAUAUUUUAAUGUUAUGUGUAUAGGAACAUUGCGUCUUUUCAAUUUCAGCCAUAUUUAGAUUAUUUAACUGUAAACAAAUUUUGUCAGUCAUUAGAUAGAUAUUAAGGGUAUCGACACAUAGAUUGAAUAUUGAAUCUGGUAGAUGAGCAAGGCCAGUUCGUGUACCAGUAAAUAAAGGAAAUGUAGUCUUUGUAAUAUUCUUGAAGAAGAGUAUCACUUUAUAAUUGAAUGUCCAUUAUAUAUUGAUUUAAGGAAACGAUUUAUUAGUUCAAGAUGCUGAAAACGGCCGAAUAUGAUAAAGUUUAUUUAUCUUAUAAAACCUGAAAAUAAAUCAGUAAUAAGAAAAUUAGGAUCUUUUAUACACAAUCCGUUUUGCAAUUAGAUACGAAUAUUUGUUUAGAUAAGAAUUCAAGAUACUGAUCAUCAUCAUUUACGUUUAUCAUUAAUUCGUGUUGUUGUCUCUCAAUGAAGUUAAACCAAUAUAUUAAAUAUACACGCCUGGUAAACAACAGAGCUACCCCUUUCAAAGGUAUACGGUAAAUCGCUCUGUCGCAACUUCCGAGCUAGUACAUGUCGCGAUAAAAGAACGUCAACAAAAAGUUGCUUUGAAUAAGACAUGGAAGAACAAUUUCAGAAGAAAUACGCCUAGUUUAUCACUUACGCGAGAAAUGUCGCCCUUUUAUAACACCAUAGCUUUUACGGUCGUUCUAGCCGUAUUGGGGAGAGCAGCAUCGCUUGAAUGUUACAAGUGCUCUGAUGUGAUGAAUAUGAAUGAAUGUUACAACAAAGUUGCGUGUGAAGAUAACCAGGUGUGUUAUAAAAAGAGCAAAAAUGAAUACACUGAACACGUUUCUUAUGAUCUAGGAUGCACUGACAACCAGAACUGUGGCGGCUUUGCAAAUCUUUCUACUGAGUUAUCAGCCGUGAAAAUGGAUGGAGGUCAAACACACGCUUGUUUUGAGUGUUGUUCCACUGAACGUUGCAACAUCAACCUCUGUGAAUAUAAAUAUUCUUCUGAGUGUGUCGAUGACGUAAAGACAGACUGUGCGUAUUUGAACUCCUUGUUCAGUAUCUGCAAACUGAUUAAUAAAGCGAGAAAACUGUGUCCAAAAUACUGCAAACUGUGCGAAGUGGUAGAUGGGAGCUGGUCACCUUGGUCAAACUGGUCAGACUGUGACGUCACGUGUGGAAAUGGAACACAAGUUCGUACUCGAGCCUGUACUGAUCCUGCUCCACAAUAUGGCGGCCUUGAUUGCCUGGGAAAUGAUACUGACACAAAGUCGUGUCAAAAUAAACCUUGCCCGGGUAAGUGGACGGUUCUUUAGUAGCGUGUUAUUUCA